AUGCACUUCAAGGACAGCAACUGGUACAGCACCGAAGGCAACUCCAAGGACCAGCUGAGCAACAACAAGUGGUUCUCCAAGUCCCAGGCCCUCGCCGGCGACAAGAACCUCAUCAAGAAGGAGGGCAAUUGGGCCUGGCAUAACAACGUCACCUGCGCCGACUAUGGAUGCUACGCUCAGUGGAAGGGGCCUGUCGCUUUCUUGUAGAUGUUGCUAUGUAGUUUCUCAAUGAAUCUCAUCCUCUUUGA